AUGUUACUCACAAUAAGUGCAGUGAAUCAACAACCAUGUUCUAUAUCAAUAAUUCAAAAUCAAACUACCUCGACGGCGCCAAUGCGUCUGAGAUCUCUUUAUACAACGCACAGUUAUCACGCACAAACAGAUGAAACUAAUUUCCAACGAUACAGUGAAUUUCCCAAGUAUUUCGAAGCACCGCCGUCAGAACAAUGGGGAGGAUUAGCUAGUGCAACAGCAUUUUCUAAUUCAACAGCACUUUGGCGGCAACCACGAAAUUCUAAAACUAUUGCACCACACUACGAAGAAACAUGUAUUUACGCAGAAAACUGGAGGGAACAUGACACCGAAGCUGUUAUUGUAACUACACCGCAUGGUACAAUUUCAUUAAGACUUCACAACAGAAUUCGGGUUGACAUGACGAUCGAUCGUGCAGUUAGAGUAAUUAAUUUUAAGAAUAAUAUUGUAUUAUCGUUGAGUGGAUCUGGAGCAGCUGCUGCAUUACUCCAUCCAAAUGGAAGAAUAUAUCAGUAUGGAUCACGAGUUGAAAUCCUGGCCCAUGAUGCCCAUGGCAAUAACAAGUAUGCAAAAAUGUGGUAUAAAGGAGUGAGCUUCACUUCAGAGCAAUGUGCUCUGGUUUACUUAGUUGACACAGCAGGUACAAGAACAACUACAGAUUCAUUUUCAGAUAUGAGUCAGGACUUUUCUCUAAGUGUAUUUUAUUCACGUUCCCGACAUGGUCCAGCAUGUUUACAAGAAGCUACAGCAGCUUUAAGUACUGCUCAAUAUUGGUUAACUAACGAAGGUGUAGAAAACUGGAUUAUUAAUAAUGUUAGAGUUUCGCAAACGUCUGAUGGUCUUGUCAGGAUUGCACGAAAUAGUAACAAAUAUCAAUUACGAACAUCACCUAGUAAUGGUACAGCUUCAUUAACAACGCCAUUUUUACAUUGUACCGCAUCUCUUGGUCAAACGUCUCAUCUUUUUGUGCGCCGUGGUGAACGACGUAUGCAUUAUGAUGGAACUAGUUUUAUUGUACGAAAUGCGGGCCAUAGUGCUGGUUUCGACGAUAACAAUCAACUGAAAGUUUAUUAA